AUUCCUGUUGAAGAUCAGUCUUUCCUCUGGUCCGAUAAAUAUCGACCGAGGAAACCGCGUUUCUUCAACCGUGUGCAUACCGGGUUCGUUUGGAACAAAUACAAUCAAACUCACUACGAUUUGGACAACCCGCCCCCAAAGAUUGUUCAAGGUUACAAAUUUAACGUGUUCUAUCCGGACCUGAUCGACAAGACGAAAACACCCACCUAUACGCUAACCCCGUGUGAAGACCCAGCCCAGCGCGAUUUCGCGAUUCUGCGGUUUACUGCCGGGCCACCGUAUGAAGAUAUCGCGUUCAAGAUUGUCAAUCGUGAAUGGGAGUACUCGUACAAGCAUGGAUUUCGUUGUCAAUUUCAAAACAACAUAUUUCAACUGUGGUUUCAUUUCAAGCGAUUCCGAUAUCGUCGAUAG